GCGGGGCGGGGACAGCACGGCGGCGGCCGCUCAGUGUCGCGGGAGCCGGACCGCGCAGGCCCGUCCCGGCGGCCCGGGGGGCGCCAUGUGGUUCAUGUAUGUGCUGAGCUGGCUGUCGCUGUUCGUCCAGGUCGCAUUCAUCACCCUGGCCGUCGCGGCUGGACUGUACUACCUGGCAGAGCUCAUAGAAGAGUAUACGGUGGCGACCAGCAGAAUCAUUAAGUACAUGAUUUGGUUCUCCACAGCUGUGCUGAUCGGCCUCUACGUCUUUGAGCGAUUCCCCACCAGCAUGAUUGGCGUGGGCCUUUUCACCAACCUCGUCUACUUUGGCCUUCUCCAGACCUUCCCCUUCAUCAUGCUGACAUCACCUAACUUCAUCCUGUCAUGCGGGCUAGUGGUGGUGAACCAUUACCUGGCAUUUCAGUUUUUUGCGGAAGAAUAUUAUCCCUUCUCGGAGGUCCUGGCCUACUUCACAUUCUGCCUGUGGAUAAUCCCGUUCGCUUUCUUCGUGUCGCUUUCGGCUGGGGAGAAUGUCCUGCCCUCUACCAUGCAGCCAGGCGAUGACGUGGUCUCCAAUUACUUCACCAAAGGCAAGCGAGGCAAGCGCUUAGGCAUCCUGGUUGUCUUCUCCUUCAUCAAAGAGGCCAUCCUACCCAGUCGGCAGAAGAUAUACUGACUCUUUGGGGAGGGCAUGUUGGGGGCAAGACCCGUAGAGCCAGGUCCCUGGGAUUCUGGGCUACUAGUGCCUGGAAGCCUGGAGGGUGUCUUCUGCCAUCCCAGGUCUCCCUCCCCUUUGUUCUGAAGCACCAUCCCACCCUCCUCAGGGAGCUUGAAUCUGCCAGGGACACCAGAGAGGGUGGCAGAGCCUGCUGUGCCAGGAGGCUGUGUCUCCAGCCCCCCCCCCCAGAGCUGGGUCUGGUCAGAUGGGGCAGACAGCGAGGGUCUAUGAAGCUGGGGACAGACAGCAGGUUCUCAGGCAAGUGACCACAGGGAAGAGCUGAGGGUUGGCACUUGCAACAUAAGUGCAUUUUGCUGUCAAACUGCGGGUCUUGUCCAAUGCUGAUUCCCCUUUGAAUAAAGAUUCUAGGUGGCACUGUUUGCCUUAACACCCAAGGAGUUCUUCUCUGCCCUCUAACCUUCUGCCUGGACUGGGCUAGCCUGCUCUAGGGAUUCCUCUUCUGGAAUUCUUGCUCUGCUUGCCCUUCUGAAAGGAUUCUUGUGACCCUAAGUGGGAGGGGACAGAGGUGAGGAGGAGUGGGCAAAGGCAGUUUUUGUGAGGCUCCUCCCUCUUUCCAUGUCUUCCUUCCCCAGACUUUGAUAGUCCAGAUGGGGGAAACAGAAACAGUUUAUGGCUGGGCUAGAGCUGCAGAAGACAGUCUACAAUAUCCUAUUUAUGCCUUCCUUUGAGAAAAAGGAGAGGUUUCUUGAUGAAUUCUCUCUCAGGCUCAACAACAAAAUAAUAAAUAAACACUGGCUUCUAGGCAGCCUAGGCUGUGGCCUCUUUCUUGAGGAACGGGGUUGGGGGAGGCUGCCACGCAGAGCACACAGGCCUCGCACGCACGCACUUCCGGCUCCUGGAGGGAUGCUAGCUCUGCCUUCUAAGAAGGUGGGCCCCGCCCCGGGCACAGACCAGCGUCUGUUGGCCUUGCACUCCAACCACAGUGCCUCGCAAGGGCUCAACAGUCCAUGGCGUGAAGCCAGGCAGUAUGACCCAGUCUUCACAAGGCAGGAUUGGGUCACACCACUGGCCAAAUCCCGUCCCUCACAGUGAGGCUGCCAGGUGCAGAUGUGGACCCGGCAUGGGGAACACCCCAGCUUGCGGCCAUCUUCUGUCUCACGCAUCCUUCAUUUCGUUGACUCUUGCAUUUCUAUUGAGUCUCAGCCUGCCAUUCCAUGAACUUUGUUUUGCAGCUACAGAUGAGAUCACCAGACCUAUUUCUGCCAGCUGGGUGGGCAAAGGUAUAGGACAUGAGGCUGCCGUCACCAGCGGGCUGAGGCUGACCCUUGCCUUGCUGUCUACUUUGUCUUUGUCUUUGUUCAUCCUGCCUGCUGGUCAGUGCUUGGACAGGGCCUUUCCCAGGCUACACCUCUGGAGUCAUCAUUUCCUGGGUCUUGGGGUAGCUUGACAGUUGAUGGCCUGCUCCUUGAUUCACACUUUCCUGGCCCUUAUGUGGCUGGCUGUUUACCUCCCUGUCCUUUCAGUUUCUGUACAGACUUCUUGAUCUGUUUACAGCAGGGGCUCUUUGGCUGUAUUGUAGAUUGCCUGAGGGAGCCCAGCUGUGCUGGUGGCUUCGGGAUGCUGCGGAGGAAGCCAGGGCCAACCUUCGGCCCUAGCCCCUUCCAAACUUAGCCACAGUUCUGCUGCCGUGUGGGCACAGACAAUCUGAACAGAAAUCUCUGCUCUGUUCACCUGCUCUUUCUAGCGCUUGCCCUGGUCUCAGGGUGGCUCAGGAGCCAGGCAGGAUAUUGCUUUCUCUCUCUGUCCCACAUCCAAUCUAUUCUUAGCAUCUGUUUGAGCCACUCCUACUGUCGUCUCUUUCACCUCUUUUGCUUUGGCAGUUUUCUGUGUUUCUUUAGCCUAUGGCCAGCUGGAGUUUUGUUUUGUUUUCUAAAAUACAGCUGGCCAAGUCUUUUUUGACCCCAAACUUUGCCUAGCUCCCCCCUGCCCUCAGGAUAAAGACCAGACUUUUUGGCAUGGUGUAUGAGGCUCCUGGUGUCCUGGUCCCUCAUUACCUGACUUGUGCUCGGGGUCCCAGCCUCCUGCAUGCAGAGACCAGGCUCUCUUGCUGCUUUGAUACCCUUCCUUCUCACUUUGGUAGUUUGACACUUUUCCACUUAGAUUUUAUUUCUUCCAAGGAGCCUUGAGUGUCUCCGUGCCUCCCCUAGCCCCAGCUGCCACACCGAUCCCUCCAGGCUCACUGGCCUGUGGUGUGGUCUGCCUCUCCACUAGACUGGAAGCUCCUUGAGGGCAGGGAAAGCCCUUGGAGUUUUGUAUUGUCAACUCCCUGAUUUUGGUGCCUGGCCCAUGGAAAGCGCUCAAUAAAUGUUUUGUUUAAAGA